AUGAUAUAUAUUUAAUUCCUUUUACUUGUUGUGAAUGCAAUUAUGCCUAUGCCUAAUUAAAUAAUAUAUGGUUAUUAUACAGUAAGAAUUUCAAACAUUUGCUAAAUCAAAUUUUUUUCUUAAUAAGAAUUUCCAAAUCACAUUUUAUAACUAUUACUUCAUUAUCAUUAAUUAAUAACAUAUGAUGAGGAUUGUGAUUUUGAAGAGUCCAUUAAUAAUAUAAAUAUAAAAGUUGAUGGAGCAUUGAAAUUUGAGAUUAGUUUAGAAAGCAAUGAGCAAUUAUAUUGGGUUAAAACUACAAAAGAAGAAGCUUAUGAAUUAAAUAUAGAUGAGAAUUUAAAUGUAAGGAUUAAGACAUCAAAUCAUUGGGGUUUAGCAAGAGCUCUUGAUACUGUAAAUCAAUUAACCAUAAAUAAUUAAAUUGAGAAUGUAAUCUACAUAAAAAUUAUUUUAGUUACCUAUUUAUAUAAAUGAUGAACCUUAGUAUAUUCAUAGAGGAGUAAUGAUAGACACAGCCAGAAAUUUUUUACCUGUAAGAUUAAUAAAGAGAACUAUUGAUGCUUUAGUUAUUAAUAAAUUGAAUGUUUUACAUUGGCAUAUUACAGAUGAUGAAAGUUUUCCACUUUUAUUAACUAAUUAUAGUUAAAUAACAAAUAAUUCUAAAUUUUGGAAAGAUGGGUAUUUUACAAAGGAAGAUAUUUAAGAUAUUAUAGAAUAUGCUUCAAUAAGAGGAGUAUAAAUCAUUCCUGAAAUAGACACACCUGCACAUGUUUAUUCUUGGGGAAGAUCAUUUGAAUUAGCAUAAAUUAUAAUUGCAUGUGAUACUGAUAUAUAAUAAUAUGGAUAAUUAGAUCCAACUUUAGAUUUUACAUAUGAAGUCUUAAAAUCUGUAAUGCAAGAUUUGAAUGAUAUGUUUGCUAAAGUAUAAUUUAUUCAUUUUGGUGGGAAUGAAGCUAGUAUAUCAUGUUUUGAAUAAAAACCAUCAAUUAAAGAAUUUAUGGAUUAAAAUGGAAUAAAAAACUAUUUUGAUCUUUAAGUUUAUUAUAGAAAAAGAUAAAAAGACAUUUGGAAAAAUUAAAUUAAAUCAUAAAAGAAAAUCAUUUAUUGGUAUAAUAAAAAACAUUAACUUCCUGCAGAUCAAGAUGAUAUUGUAUAAUGGUGUGGUUAAUCCAAUGAACUUUAAGAUUUAAAAUUGAAAACAAAUCCAAUUAUUUUAAGUGAUUAUGAUUUAUUAUCAUUGGAUAUUGGUAUUGGAGAUUCUUUUGGAGAUCCAGAUGAUUUUUAUUAGAGUUGGAAAGAUGUUUAUAGCUGGGUUCCAAAAUUAGCAGAAGAUUUUAAUGGACAACUUUUAGGAGCUGAAGCCCUUUUAUGGGGACAUACAAAUACUAGAAAUACACAUUUCUAAAAAUUAUUUUUAAGGUCCUCAAUUUUAGGGGAUAUGUAUUUAAAUCUUUAAUUAAAAUAGAUUAUGGAAUUCAAAUUCGAAAACAUCAGAAUAAUUUUGGUAAUUUACAUAAAGAUUAAGUGAAAUGGAAGAUAGAAUGAACAAAUACAAAUUUCCUGUAUCACCAUUUACUAGUGGUUAUUGUAAAAGUUAAACUUAAGUUUGUUUUCCAUAUUUUUAUAUAAUCUAAUAAAAUUAAACUGGAAAAACUUGA